CUUUGGGAAAAGGUUCAGGGAACAGCAACUAAGCUGACUCUCAGAAUAGCGAAGCUCAUGUAUGAUGCUGGACUGGCCAAGCUAAACUGAAACUGAAGCGUUGAGUCCCGAGCGGCUAUUUCAACUACUGGGCUACUAGGUGUGGUGUCUUCUGCAUCUUUGUUGGUGAUUCGAUUUUGUAGUACAGGCGUUUGUUGGUUCAAUCUACGACUUAAACAUUUCUGGACUUGGUAUAAAAUUCAUUUUCACAGCUCACUUAUGAAAAAUACCACUGACUUGCAGAAGACCUGUGUAUCUAUAAUUAGAUCCCACACGACUUGUCUUUUGGGGAUAUAAUACAGCAUAUGCAUAUAAUCUUUAGGCCACCUCCUUCAAGAAAACACAGUUAUGUUUGCGUUCCUCAACGUAUGACGAGGAAGUUUGUUGAUACGAUGUACAUAUGUGGACAUAUGCUGAUACACCCAACGCCAUGCAUCUAAUAGUUUAACCAUGCUAAACCUUACCAGCUAGUUUUGGUUUGUUGCUUUCUGUCCAUUCAAUCAUAAGUACACUUUUGAGUCAGAUAUAUCUAACUUCCGUUGUUUAUUCUCAUUAUAUGUAAAACUCGACAGAUAAUGAAAUACGUGACUGAUCUCACUAGUUCCACAGGUUGCGAUAUUUCUGACCUGUGCCUAGAUCACAAGACGUAAUCAGUCUUCAGGCAUGGCUGAAAGUUAUUGUCCGAACCAUUCCCGACUGUUUUCUGAAAACUAUUCACACUGUUUGACUUUUAAUCAUCGAACCUUGUACGGUCCUAGAAAAGAUUACGCUCACUGAAAUAAAUCACUUAACUCGUUGGUAAGUGCCAGUUUGGUGUAGUCAGGCGCUUACUCUUACAACUUCCAGUACCCAUCCAUGCUCAUUAGGGUAAGUCUCUGAUAAUCCAUUGUUUUUUCUUACUAAAUUCGCCGCAUAACAAGAUUUUAUUUCGAUGACUUGUCUUGGUCCCCAUAACAGAUGAACCUCACUGAACUUUCCAAGUGGCUUCCCUUUUAAUGGCUGUUAAUUCCGUUAUCCCAUCAGAACUACGUCAAUUAAGAGCUUGCUUAUUAUGUGGUCUAGUAAAAACUCUUAACCAAUUUCAACUAAACGGAUGCGAAAACUGUGAGGACUUUCUAAAGAUGCAAGGAGACCGAGAAAAGGUAUACGAAUGUUCUUCUGCUAACUUUGAUGGUUUACUUGCUAUGAUGUCACCAAACGACAGUUGGGUUGCAAGAUGGCAGAUGAUUGAUAAACUUACGCCGGGUGUUUAUGCAAUCAGUGUCUACGGAUCUCUUCCUAGUGACAUAGUGCACUAUUUACGAAGCAAAGGGAUUUCUUAUCGAUCACUAGACAAAAGUGGUAAAUAGUACCUUCCUCUGCUACGUGCAUUCAGCGACUUGGACAUUGGAUGACGUCUAUUGAACUUCUUCAGACAAAACCUUUUUAUGAGAUCAACCUACCAGUUAUCUUCAUGUACAAAGUCUUUUCUCGAAAAAAGCAAGAUCAAACUGUAAAAAUACACCAUCCUUCUGAACAACUGCCUUAUGCUAUUAGCAAUUAAACCUUUGCUUAUUAAACGCAGUGUGGAAUCUGGCACAAGUGUAAAUCGGUCCAAGUCUCCAUACUCCAUUAGCACAGCAAGAUGGAAUUGUCAAGGCAAAUCCCGCAGUAGCAACAGUAUCAGUGGUAGUAAGAUUCAAGAAAAUAUGAAUUAUCGAAACAAAAAGAAUAAUACUUAUAGGAAGUUUAGGAUCUAAGCGAAGAUAGUGAAUGCAUCCGGGUUUCUGUGAACGGUUCUGAGUCAUGUCAUUCAAAUUACCUAACAUUUAGUUACGAUAACCACACGGACCACAACUAGUUAGUCUGCAUCUACCUACACGGCUCAGUUCAACAAUCAGUCUUCAUAGAAUGACGUCUGCUAGCUUCCAACCUAUUCUUACGUCAGUUAACUUGAUAUUAUCAAAAUGUAAGAGAACUGGUUCGCAACACCUGUGUUCGGAUACUGGUAGUCUACGGACAUCCUCUGUUCCUAAAGCCCAUAUUUCACAACCACAAGAUAGAAUGAAGUGGACUUCUGCACUGUAAUCUCAUCCUGUAUAUGGCAGACGAAUAUGCUACCUACUGUUAUAACUUAUAACCGCCGAUUAGAGGACAGUGAAUUAUUGUUCGGACCAAGGACGCAUAAAACACGUGCGAGCAGCCUAGAGUCCAGAUUAGUCUCGCUUCAUGUCUAGCCCAGCCAGCUAAGUCCAGAACCCCAGUCUCAGCCUCUGCAAUAUGAAUCAUUAUAUUUCAAACAUACUGAGUUUAUAUACCAACCAAACAGACCACAUCGUACCAUAAAAUAGGAAAUAACAUUUGCACAAGAUUUAGCCGAAUGUGACUGUGAAUAAGGGAGAUAGUAAUUGAUAGACAGGGCAUAACUCAAGAAUGAUAAAACGUAUAAUAAUGGUUCAUAGGUCAAAAUAAAGUUUAUGAUAAGAGGAACAUGAAUAUGAAUAGUUUAGUUACUUAACAAUUAUACGACAAAAAUAUGCGUUUAGUAUUAGUCCAUAAAAGGAUUCCAAAGUUACCAUUCAUUAUGUUUAUCGGGACCUAACACCUACACCAUAAGCGUCAACCGAGUUCACUAAAUUUGCUCCGAGACUUCGUCAGACCACCUCCCAG